AUGUUGUUCAAAUCGCUAAUUUCAUCAACUUUACUAGCUGCUACUUCUUUAAUCAGUUGUGCUGCUGCUGAAGACUUGCCAACAAUUGAAAUUGUUGGUAACAAGUUUUUCUACUCCAACAAUGGUUCUCAAUUCUUUAUGAAGGGUAUUGCUUACCAACAAAACAACUUGAAUUCAUCCGAUUCAUUUAUUGAUCCAUUGGCUGAUGCUUCCACUUGUAAAAGAGAUAUUCCAUACUUGUCUGCUAUCGACACCAAUGUUAUCAGAGUCUAUGCUUUGGAUAUAGAGGCUGACCAUACUGAAUGUAUGGAGGCUUUGCAAGAAGCUGGUAUUUACAUUAUUGCCGAUUUGUCUGAACCAGAUGAAUCUAUCAAUAGAAAAGAUCCUGAAUGGACCUUGGAUUUGUUUCAAAGAUAUACUGGUGUUGUUGACGCUUUCCACAACUAUACCAAUGUUUUGGGUUUCUUUGCUGGUAAUGAAGUUACCAACGAUGAAACAAACACCGAUGCUUCUGCUUUUGUUAAGGCUGCCAUUAGAGAUACCAAGGCUUAUAUGAAGGCUAAGGAUUACAGAUCCAUUCCAGUUGGUUAUUCAUCUAAUGAUCAUUCUGGUAUCAGAGUUGCUUUGGCUGAUUAUUUCGCUUGUGGUGAUGAAGAUGCUAGAGCCGAUUUCUUUGGUAUCAACAAUUAUGAAUGGUGUGGUAAGUCAAGUUACAAGUCCUCCGGUUACGAAACUGCUACUGAAGACUACAAGGAUUUAGGUAUCCCCAUCUUUUUCUCCGAAUACGGCUGUAAUGAAGUAACUCCAAGACUUUUCACUGAAGUUGGAACUAUUUUCGGUGAUGAAAUGACUGAUGUUUGGUCUGGUGGUAUUGUUUACUUGUACUUUGAAGAAGAAAAUAAUUAUGGUUUGGUUUCGAUCAAGGAUGGUAAGGUCUCCACUUUGGAUGAUUACAACAACUAUAAAUCGGAAAUUUUGAAAAUUGACCCAUCUUCUGCUCAAGCUUCAGCUGAAAGUGCUAGCAGUACUGGUGUUACUUCAUGUCCUACUUCAACUUCAGUUUGGAGUGCUGCUACUGACUUGCCACCAACUCCUGACAAGGAAAUCUGUGAUUGUAUGUCCAAAUCAUUGAAGUGUGUCGUUAAGGACAGUGUUGACAGUGAUGACUAUGCUGAUAUGUACAGUUAUGUUUGUGCAAAGAUUGACUGUGGUGGUAUUAAUGCUAAUGGUACCACUGGUGAAUACGGUGCUUACUCACCAUGUUCCGCUAAGGACAAGUUGUCGUUUGUUUUGAACCUUUACUACGAAGACCAAGAUGAAAACUCAUCUGCUUGUGACUUCAAUGGAUCUGGUUCCUUGCAAAAGAGUGCUACUACCGCUUCUUCAUGUUCUGCUUACUUGAAAUCAGCUGGUUCAUCUGGUUUGGGAACGGUAGAAGGCUCAGUUAGAACUGAUACUUCAGAAGCAUCUGACACCAACGGUGGCGGUAACCAAAACUCUGAUUCUUCAGCAUCGACGAGUGGCUCUUCAUCUAGUGGUUCAUCUACUAGUUCUGGUAAGUCAAGUGGUGCUGUUGCUGGUGGUAUGAUUGGUGUUUCUUCCUUGACCAAAUUGGGAGCUGUUGCUCUUUCAAUGGUUCUUGGUUUCAGUUUCAUCUUGAUUUAG